CUGAGCUCGUCUCGCUCUCCACUCGUCCCCAAGUCGACGCCUAGUCCCCAGAGAUCUCCUUUCUCCGCUCGGGGGAGAAGAAGGAAAGAAGCUCUCUUUCUCCCCUUCUCUCCUCCCUUUCUCCCUUCGCCGCCAUGAUCGGAAUCGAGGAAUCCAAGAACCUCUUCGCGCUCCUCAACGCCGAGUCCCGAACCUUCGAUGAGAUAUUUGCGGAUUUCCUCUCCCGGUUCCCCCGCGAAGCCCACUUCCGGGUCUGCUCCUCCCUCGCCAUGCUCUUGGAGGACAAGGGCAUGCUUAAACCCAGCCAGCGUUUGGUUGCAUUAGCUAUCCUCCAUCAAGCUUAUUCCUCUCAACCACCCUCCUCGAACCCAUUUAUUUCCUUUCUUAUAAAUGCAGCUUGUGAUGAUGCAGCAGAGAAAAUGGAAAUGUCAUUUAUUCAACUGUUAUUAGGAUCUGCUGGUGUAAACAAUAACAAAGAGGUUUUGAAGCAGUCCGCUGCAGAUUACAUCAAAGGAUUUGAUCCAUCAUCACAUGUUUUACUGCAACGUGAACAACUCCAGAAGCAACAUUGUGAUGGAACACAACCCGAGCCAUACAAAAGCAUUUUCAGGGCUGCAGCUGUUAAAAAUGUUAUACCAGAUCCAGAUGUCCCUCAUGGUUGUGAUGCAAAUUCAUCAGAUCUAAAGCUUUCCCCACCAGGAGCUAAACCAAGAAUCGGGUCUGAAGAUAGAGACACUGCUAUAACUGAUUUGCUUCAGAACCUGUCAUUGGAAGGUCUAAGUCCUCAGUGGAUUAGGCCUGCACCACCAAGGCUCCCAAUACUAGAUGGAGAGCUUAUGUGGCUCAACCCUGACAAUAACCAUGAAUUGCUGUGGGACUACGGAAUGUGUGCUGACACCAGUCGCGGAGCUGCAGUCAGAGAUUUGAUUGCAAAAGCCUUGAAAGGUCCACUCGCACCUGCUCAACAGGAGCAAGUCGUGGUAGAACUUGCAAAGGAUCCAAAACUAGUUUAUCACUGUGGACUUACUCCAAGAAAGCUGCCAGAUCUUGUUGAACACAACCCACUAAUUGCGGUUGAAGUUCUGUCAAAAUUAAUGAACUCUCCUGAAAUUUCAGAGUAUUUCACGGUUCUUGUCAAUAUGGAAAUGAGUCUCCAUUCUAUGGAAGUUGUAAACAGGCUUACAACCGCAGUCGAUCUCCCAACAGAGUUCGUGCACAUGUACAUCACAAACUGUAUAUCAUCAUGCGAAAAUAUUAAGGAUAAGUACAUGCAAAACAGGCUCGUGAGAUUGGUCUGCGUCUUUCUACAGAGCCUUAUUCGGAACAAAAUCAUCAAUGGUGACCUGUGCGUGUUGGAUGUAUAUAUAUCCCAAGAACUUUUGCUUGUGGCUUAUCGUUUGCAUUUACAUCAAGUCUAUCCUUUGGUUUCAAUGGAUCAUGACACGUCAAGACCAGUGCUGAUAUUUCUUUCAAUUGUUCUCAUGUGCAGUUCAAGAUCUCUUCAUUGAAGUCCAGGCUUUCUGCAUUGAGUUUUCCAGGAUCAGGGAAGCUGCCGGCUUGUUCAGGCUUCUCAAAACUUUGGAAUGAGUUACCAUAUCUUCUCUAUCUAUUCUGUACAUUCUGCUCAACUGUUGCCUUUGUUUUGCGACACGAAAUGAAGAGCUUUAGAGGGUGUAACUCUCUUUCAUAAAUUUUCCAUUUGAAUCUUAUCAGAGAGACUGUAAUGACAUCAUCUAUGAAUAUCUGAGAAUAUAUUAGCUUCAGCUGGUUUCCAGAUUUA